UUUUCAAUUAUAGUCCUACAACUUUCCGCUGUAAAUUGGCAACGUAAGAUGGCCCACGGGCCUCCCCCCUUGGCUUCAUACCGCACCGCGUCCCUUGCUAACCAAUGUCCGGUCCCUGUAUUCCUAUGUCCGUGGAAAAUACAAACUUCAAACGACCCGAUAAGAGUUUCGUGUCUAUGAAAUUAUUCUGUGGUAUAACUAGUCAAUGUGAUUAAAUGUGAUAAAUAUUUUGAAUGUAGCGAUAAAUAUCGGAGAUUUAUUUCCUCUAAUAAACUAAAGAAUCGUGAAUGUGUAUAUAUACGUACGUGUGUAAAUUUGUGUUAUUUAUACCAGUUCUAACCUAAGUUCAAUAGUUAUUUACCGUUAAUAAUUUUAUUAAGUAUUUAUUAUUUUUUAUAAUUAAAUAUAACAUGGUUAAUUAUGAUUGAAUGAAUUCACAAGGUGGUAUGCGUUUACUCAAGCACGAAUACAAGCGAAAAAAUAUACAAUUUAAAGAUGCCAGGAGAACCAUCUAUAAGUACUGGAUCUAAGGCAUCUGGAAAAAUCAAACGUAUUUCUAUUCCAAGAGUACAAAGCAGUACGGAUACAGAACUGCAGUCGCAAAGUGGAUCUACACCACUGCAACCAAAUGCUCUUCACUAUGCUGCUUUUCGUAUAGACCCUGAUGACAGUGCCCUACCUCCAGCUUUACGAUGUCGAUUGUUAGACUUGUUUCAGCAGAUUGAGAAGGAGUUUGAAGUUCUUUAUACGGAGAAUUUGGGAUUGCAAGAGAAAAUAGAUACUCUUAAUGAGAAACUCGAAAGAGAAUGCUAUGGUUCUGGAGAACGGAGUUUACCACAUGGAGAUGUUGCAGACUUCACAGAUACAAAAAGUUUUUCGAAGCAAAAAUCUAUGGCAGGAAACUCAGCACAAAAGACGAAAACAACUUCUAAUAAAUUGAAAGCACAAACAAGUAAAAUAGUUUCUAGUUUUAAAACACCAACAAUGACUUGUAGCAUGCAAAGAGAAUACUCUGGGCAUCGAGACGGUGUUUGGGAAGUUUCUGUUGGAAGAUUAGGUCAAAUUAUUGCUACAGCUUCUGCUGAUCAUGCUGCUAGGGUUUGGGCUGUGGAUAGCGGACGUUGCCUUCUGCAAUAUAUUGGUCAUUCUGGUUCUGUUAAUUCAGUACGUUUUCAUCCAACCAAAGAAUUGGCUUUAACAUCCAGUGGAGAUAAUUCUGCUCAUGUAUGGCAAGCGGCUGUUGACUGGGACUUUCCUAAAAGACAAAAUUCAGCAGAGGAACUUUCAGCGUUGUCCUCCGAUAGAAACGUUAGUGGUGUGAUUCCUGUGAACGAGGAACAGGAAGAACCGCCCACUCUGAGAACUCCCGUGCGAGAAUUAUUAGGGCACACGGGUGUAGUGAUGGCCGCAGAUUGGUUACCUGACGCAGAACAGGUUGUAACUGCUUCUUGGGAUAGAACGGCAAACCUUUAUGAUGUAGAAACUGGAGAAAUUAUUCACACAUUAUGCGGGCACGAUCAAGAACUCUCUCAUGUUUCUACUCAUCAUACACAAAGACUUUGCGUCACUUCGAGCAAGGACAGUACUUUUCGUCUAUGGGAUUUUCGAGAACCCAUACAUUCAGUUUCUGUUUUUCAAGCACAUACUGAGACAGUAACAUCCGCGGUUUUUACGCGCGAAGAUAAAAUCGUUUCAGGCUCUGAUGAUCGAAGCGUAAAAAUAUGGGAAUUGCGAAACAUACGAAGCCCUUUAGCCACGAUUCGAGGUGAUAGCGCUGCUAACCGACUUGCAGUUUCUAGCACUGGCAUCGUCGCAAUUCCACACGAUAAUAGACAAAUUAGAUUGUUUGACCUUGGCGGUCAACGAUUAGCUAGAUUACCUAGAACAAGCCGGCAGGGUCACCGACGUAUGGUCUCGUCAGUCGCCUGGGCAGAAGAUAGCGGUGUCUGUAAUUUGUUCUCCUCUGGCUUUGACAGAUUAGUCCUUGGAUGGAGUAUUGUACAUCUUAAGGAAUAUUGAAUGUACACAUAUACAAA